UCCGCGCGACAUGCCGACGAAAGCGCAGUGCUGGGUCGUGUCGUACGCCCGCGUCCGCGACGGCGCGUCGCGAUCGGCGUCCGCGGAGGGUCUGUUGACGAUCCCGCAGCGACACAAUCUCAUGCUGUUGCACACGCAUCCGGACGGUGCGAGGUUGGCGCACGCCGCGCACGUCGUCGGUCUUUCGCCGGGACGCAAGGUUCGGGUCGGUGACUACGAGUGCGAGCUUCUCAUGCUCGCGCCUCACGGGGGGGGCGGUAAUCCCGCGUACGCGGCGGCAUUCGUGAUGCCCGGUGAAAUUCUUCCGACGAUGAACGCCAUGAAUAAGGACGAAAGUUGGCUCACUUGGCUAGGUUUGGACGAUGAAUUCGACCAACACGAGCGCGUACAACUGCGGGCGCCUCAGUUACCGCAUCCUGAUGAUCCACAGCCGUCCGGACCGGUGGCGUUCGGUUUCAGCGGCGCCGUCGCGUACGCGCCUGAACAAACUCAACGCGUGACGAGCUACCGGACGCCCCAGAUGGCGCAAGAAGCGUAUGAACGCGAGAGAAUGCGCGAACCAAGCACUCACACGCAGCAUCAGCCAUCGCAGCGAGCGCCACCGGCGCAUCUGCAGCAACCGCGGCUACCGCAGUAUCAGCAACGCGUGGCGCCGCCGUCGACUGUAGAGAAGCGCGAGCAGCCGACGCCUGCCAACGAGGAGCAGCCGACGGUAAUCCCGCGACAAACGCGAGUGUCUGUUUUCGAAGAAGAGUUUCUGGACGAUCACGAGAGUUUCGAGCGUGAAGUGCGAUUCGAGGAAGCUCCUGCGAACGACACAAACGAUGCUCACGUCGCCCCAAAGCCAGCGACAUCGUACGGUACUUCCGACGAGAUGGAGACUUUGCGAAGGCAGCUCGCAGAGCUUGAGCGUUUGACUGGUGUGAGCGCGGACGACGCCGAGCGAGUUUUGAAUGCAAAUAUGAAGGAUGUGCGUACCAUUGUUCCGGAUGAGGUCGUUGAGACGGCGAUUGAAGCACCGACGACCGUUGGGGCGGCUGCAGCACAAGUCGUUAAGCCGCGCCACGAGGCGACGGUUGAAGUACCGCCGACAGUUCCGGUCUCGUCAAAUGUGUUUAAAGAAAAGGAUGCGGGUUUCAAGAAACAGGCUAUAAGCACGGACGAGGCCGCAGCGCAUGUAAAGGCGUGCGCACCCGUUGUUCGAGCGUCGCCGCAAAAGAGCAACCCUCCCGCGACGACAUCGGUUCCGAACGUCGCCGUGACUCCUGAGGAAAUAGACGCAAACGACGCGUGGGCCGCAGCGAUCGCGCGACGAAACCGAUCCGUAGAUGAAGAAAGCGAUUCUAACGAUUCGGAUGUUGACGUCGGCGAAAGUACGAAGCGCGAGCCGGCUGCGAAGAUCGUGCAUCAAAUUUCAAAGCAGCCAAACAGGGUAUCGUAUUCGCAAGCGCCCAAGCCUCGCGAGAUGGGAGCGCCGCCGCAAAAAACGCGCGCCGUAGACGCUUCUUCGCCCAUCGUAGCGGCUAUGGCUGCUACCUUUGAGGACGCGCAGAAGAAGGAAGCAGUGUUCAUCGAAGAGCCAUACGUUACGGGAUCGGUCUCGGCUCGAGCGAGCAUUUUCGGCGAGCAGGCGUCGUUUCGCAAAGCGUAG